CUUUCUAGAAAAAGUAAUUUCGGAAACGAAGCAUGGUUGACAGUGACAGUUGUGUGCCUAGUUGUGAAGAGCGUUGAUAAAGAAAUAUGGCCGGCCCAAGGCAGACUCCGUUAACUUGCAGUGGACAUACACGUCCCGUUGUCGACUUGUCCUUCAGUGACAUUACCCCGUUUGGAUACUUUCUGAUCAGUGCAUGUAAAGAUGGCAAGCCCAUGUUGCGGCAGGGAGACACCGGGGACUGGAUCGGGACAUUCGAAGGCCACAAAGGUGCUGUAUGGGGAGCCACACUGAAUAGUGAUGCCACAAGAGCUGCCACUGGGGCUGCCGAUUUUACUGCUAAAGUAUGGGAUGCGGAGAAAGGAGAAGAGCUACACAGCUUUUCCCACAAGCACAUUGUGAAAAGUGUGGACUUCUCCAGUGACAGCAAAUACCUUCUCACUGGCAGCAACGAAAAACUACUACGUAUAUUUGAUCUGGAGAAACCUGAUGCUGAGCCUAAACAGUUUGCGGGCCACACUUCCAACAUCAGGGCUGUGCAUUUCAACAAGGAGUGUACCCGAGUUCUGAGUGCUAGUGAUGAUAAGACCUUGAGGGUUUGGGAUGUGAACAACUGUCAAGAGAUUCACUGCAUCGAGGUUCCUUCGUCUCCCGGUAGCCUGGAACUCACAUCAGAUGGAACCAUCUUCACCAUCACAUACGGCAAUUUCACGGCUUUCUACAACGCUGAAACUUUCGAGAAGAUCAAAGAGAUUAAAGCUCCGGCUCCGGUGAACACCGCUUCCCUCCAUCCAUCUAAAAACUUCUUUGUUUGUGGCGGAGAGGACUUCAAGAUGUACAAGUUUGAUUAUUUUACAGGAGCUGAGAUUGAGUCCUUCAAAGGUCAUUUUGGCCCGGUGCACUGCGUGCGUUUCUCACCUGAUGGGGAGCUCUAUGCCAGUGGCAGUGAGGAUGGUACUUUGCGUCUGUGGCAGACAACAGUUGGAACCACUUACGGCCUCUGGAAGUGUGUGGCUCCGGACAUCGAAGCGGGGGACACCUCCACCUCGUCCUCCUCCUCCUCUGUCACCACCACCACCUCCACCACUACAUCGUCCUCUGCAACUGCUGUCAAAGUGGAGUCUUGAUAGAUGUGUGGGAUUGUCUAGUGAACAGUGCCAGAUAUUAUUAUUUCCACCUGGAUUAUGAUAAAGAUGAGCAAAUCACUUGACAAGUGGUGAUUCAGAACAGAAAAAGGAAAGACCCAUAGGGUUCUGUGGUGCUGCCCAUAACGGUUCUUAUGGUCUUUAAGAGAGGGUAAACAGCAGAGAUCUGUGAGUGUAUAGUGGAUCACUUAACACCGGCAUGAGUCAAAAUCAUGAAAUGUUUUCGGUUUGAAAACUGAUAUUUUUUUCAUAUUAUACUUCACAAUUUUUUGUGAUAAACUUUGUGCCUGAAAAAAAAGUUAUUUAAGAUUCAUUAGCAUUUUUCUAUUGAUUCAAAAACAAAAUACAAGAGAAUGAGAUAAUUUGAAAUAGAGAUCCAGCUUUGUUCGGUUUUAGAAGGAUUUUUUUUUCUGUUACUUAUUUUUAAAAAGUCUAACUCAAAAUCAGGUGGUUCCUGACUGAAUUCUAUCAUACUGGACAGUGGUCUAGAACACAAACAGUACUUAACUCUUAAUCUACAAGACUGCUUAUUUCUUGCAAAACUGCCACUGAAAGAGAAAAAUAAGCAAUUGAAAAAGUGAAACGAAAGAAUGAAUUUGGUGUCGGUUAUUUAGCAAAAUCUGUCAGAAGAGUGAAAUGAAUAAAGCGAUCAGUCUUGUCAGAUAUAGUGUGUCCUUUACAGACUAAUGUUAUGGUUUGUACUGCCUUACUGAUGACCUGUCUGGGUGUAGAACACAGUGUAAAGAUGAUGGUGGUGGCUUCUUCAUGUGUUUCUUUGUCUUGUGUUUGUAUGGAUGUGUGUGUGUGUGUGUAUCUUUGAUUAAGCUUCUCACUAUUCUCAGUACUUGUUGACAUCUCAGUACUUGUUGACAGAGUGGCUGAGAAACAGUGCCACUGUACUGGAAAAGUCCAAAAUGAUAUUUAGGAUGUGUGACUAAAUAAGUUAUGUCUAAUGUUUGAGUUUCCUUUUACUUACUUUUUAGAUCACUAUCUGAGUCUUUAAUCUUUACUACUGAACAAUGCUUGGUUUAAAAAUGUUCUGUAACCAGUGUUUUUCUUCUGAUUUGAUUCAGUGUUUUCUUCAACUGCAUACAGUUGAUGAACCAAACAAUUAGAUUUGUCUACAUUGUAACUGUUUAGUUUAUAAACCUAACAAAACUGUCUUUGUUACAGAGACCAUAGAUUUUUUCUCCUUUGCCAAGUGAGUCCAGAACAAAAGUAGUUGCAAACUAUUUCCCUUGUCAUAGUUUUUACCUCCAGACUGAGUUUCUUGACUUUUUGUGUCGAGAGGAUUAGAAAAAUACUCUUGUAAAUAUACUCUGAAGUUUUCUGAAACUGAAAUUGAAGGGGGAAACAUUUUUUGGGGAGAAAAUUAAAUCAGUUGUGGAGCCAAUACUUUCAAAUGAAUUAUUUUCAAAAUUGGUGCUAUCUUAUCUUUUGUUCACCCUCAUCUUUCAUUUUGAAAACAAAAGCAUCUUGAUCUGCUAACCAAACAUGUAGUAUUUCCCUGAAAUGGCUGAGGUUUUGUAAAUUACUCCCUGUGUGGUUUUUAUUUCUUGAGUCAAGAUAGGCCUACUAUUUCUACUUUUAGAAAGGGGAUGGUCAGAAAAUGUUCCCCAGGGCAGAGCUCUUGAAUUGUGACUGUAUUGCUUGAUGCUGGACAAAUAACCACUGAAAAGUUUGAGAGAAAAAAAUUCAUUAUCGUGCUUGUAUUGUCAGAUCACUGUUUCCUUGCCUUCUGUUCUUGUCUCAAAUGGACGUGGAAUUUAAUUUAGACACUAACAAGAUACAUUUUGGUGCACAACUCAAUGAUCAGUCGUUGAGUGUGUUCCUAACUGUUCACAGUAAUGUCCAUACAAGCAUAGAGGUUACUCAAAACUUAAGUGUCAUUAACGCUUUAGACCCUGGCCGUGGGUGGUUGGUGGGUUCUCUGGUGUGGCUUGCUCCUUCUUUCCUAUCCAACUUCUAUCCUCCUUAUCUCUACUUCUUUUUUUGUGUUUGUUACUCUCUUGUAAUGUCUCUAAUCUGCUUCACUUAUAUGACCUAAUUGUGUUGCAAGUGCUGUCAAACUCUUACUGCAACCAAAAAACAAAAACCCUUGCCCGCUGAGCCUACAGGAUCCGCACACUUGUGCCCCCAUGGGUCAAAUGCUAAAUGUACGGCACUGCACGCUGAGGUGUGUGUGUGUUUGGUGCACAGAGAGUAAAGGUAGCGUACGCUCUUGUGCUAUAGAGUCAACAAGUCAUUCUUAACUUGAUGCAUUGUCUUGCCUAUACAGUAUGUCCCAUCAUGUUUUGUUCUGGAUCUGAGUGUGAGUACACAACAGCCUCCUCUGUUUUGUGAGCGAAGAGCAUGGAAUCUUUAUUAUUCUAACAUACCUGCCUUUAUUUCGUUAAUACGUGCAAGUCUGUUUCAGUGGCAUGGACAUGUGUUCCUUUUUUUGUUUGUAUUUAACUCUAUUGUCGUACCGUUCUCUUGAGGUGAUUGUUUCAACUGAACUGAGCUUGUCAACUGUUUAUUUCAAUGCUCACAGUAAGAAUAAAUAUGAUCAAAAAGUUACAA